AUAUAUCUGUGCACAACUAAAUCAUCAGAAUCAGCAUCAACUCUAAUUAUAAAAUGUCUAUCAAAACUUUUAUCUUCCUUGACUUGGAGACCACUGGAUUGCCAACCAAGGAUCAUGUUCCCAAGGUGACGGAACUCACAUUCCUCUGUGUUUAUCGUAGAGAUAUAGAGCAAGCUGAUAUUUAUAAUUUACCACCAGUAAGUAAAUUAACAUAUCUUUUUAACCCGCAAACAUCAUUGUCGCCUGAAGCUGCCAAUAUAACCGGUCUAACUAAUGAGUUUUUAAUUAAUCAACCAAUUUUUAGUGAUAAAAUAAAAUGUAUUAUUGCGUUUUUAGACGCUCCGAAACCAGUGUGCUUGGUAGCUCACAAUGGUAACAGAUUUGAUUUUAAAAUAAUAAAAAAUGAAUUUGAAAAUGCGAAAGCCGUUUUACCCAGAGGCCUAUAUUGUGUAGAUUCUAUCAAAGCUUUUAAGGAAAUACUUAAGGAUAAUGUUCUUAUUGAAUUGGAAACUUCGAAUACUUUCAACCAGACAUUUCAAAGCAGUGACCCCAUUCUAGAUGAAGAUGCUUGGCCUGAUGAUGUGACUCCAGAGGUUUGGGAAGAAAUUGACAGUAUAAUAGAGUCAUUUUCCAAAUUAAAAACUAUGCCUAAUAUUAAAAGUGAUGGAAAUAAACUGCUAAUUGGGAAUUAUAAGUUGACAAAUAUUUAUAAGACAAUCUUGAAAAAGGAUCCAAAAGAAUCACACAGGGCAGAAGCGGACUGUAUGAUGCUUCUAGAAUGUGUAAUUAAAACAAAGCAAUAUUUUCUGCCAUGGGCAGAUAAGAAUUAUAAAUUAUUGAGCACAAUUAAACCUUUUCAACAUAAAUAGCAUAUUUAAUUAAUC